AUGACCUCUGCGCCCAUCAAAUACACUGAAACCCCCCUGCAGUUUCGGGAUUGCCUGAGCCCCCACACAAGCAACUAUGUCAGCCAGACUGAGAACAGCUCCCAACAGCUACCCAUCGGUGGUAUAUUGUUGCCAGAGCUCCGGGGCAGUACGAAGAAGCAGAAUGGCAUCACUGUGGAUAGCGAUGCACAGCACCAGAAGCACCGCCAGCAAGGUUUCCCCUGUGGAACAGAGAAGGGGACUGAGCUCCCUGAGGCAGGAGUGGUCCCAAGAGUGCAGGUGGGGGACUCCACAAAUAACUGUGCUGCAGAGAUGAGUUCCAGGACCCCUGAUGGCAGCAGGAUGGACAGAAGGUUGCCCCAUGUGAAAAUCAUAGGGCUACUCUGGCAGCCACCUGGCCACAACCCCACUGUGGACCUCUCUCUGCUCCGCUGUGCUGUGGAGGAGUGGAUCAUCACACUGAAGAUCGAGACUUCUUGGCUGAACAUUACCACUGAGGGGCUGAAGAAAGCGUUUUCUGAUCCUGAUCAUAAUGUUCGGCUGGAGGCCAUAGCAACCUGUGCCUUGAGGGCUGUAUAUGGGGCAAGAGUGGAUCAGGACUCUCCCAGCACUGUCGACCAUGUUCUGCAGCCCCUCCUGCUGUCUGCUCUGGAUGAUGACCAUGUGUGGGUUCAAAUGGCAGCUGCAGUGUGCCAGUAUGCCAUGGGCAUGCCAAGCCUGCAGGCCAGAGAAAUCCUUCAGAGUACACUCCAGAGAGGUGCAGAUGCAGAUGUUUGGCUGGCGGCGCAGUGUCUGGCGGCAGGGGGAGGGACCAGUCUGCCUGUCAUACAGGUCCUCCUUUCCCGGCUCUUUGGCAGUGAGGUGCAGAGGGAACAGGAGCAGGCCACCGCACUUCUGGCCAACAUAAGCAGCAAGACUACUCUAGUGCGUACCCUGCUGGCCAAGGAGCUGAACUGCGCUAACUGGAGAAACCGAGUCCUGGCUUGCAAAACAAUUGCUCAGCUCAAGGGCCCCAUCAACAAAGACCUGGUGAACAAGCUGACGCAGCUCAUGUGGAAGGACUGCCACAGUGAGGCCCGGCAGGCCGCCGCCCAGGCUCUGGGGGCACUAGGACGAGGCAGGGAGCUGCACAAUGAGCUGAGGGUGCAGCUGGAGGAGGGGCCGUCCUUACUGCGGGUGGAAGCUCUGGUCCUCCUGGCACAGCUGAAGAUCAUGACGCCCAGGCUGCUGCCCAGCUUCCUGGGCUGCCUCCGGGAUGACUUUGCGGCCGUGCGGAAACAAGCCUGUUUGACCGCCGCUGCACUGUGCACGAAAGACCAGGCGAUUGUGAAUCAGCUUAUUGAGUUAAGUCAAGAUGAUCCAGUCUGGGGGGUUAAAGUUGCAGCUAUUGAUGCUCUGGGAGCGAUCGGCUGCCUGACUCCUCCCCUCCAGAAGAUCCUGCUGCUGGCCAUACAGUGUGAGGAGGAGCCUGAGGUCCGCAUUGCUGCCUGUGAGGCCAUCAGAAUCCUGCGAGUUGACGUGCCAGAGCUGCAGCCCCUUUUACAGCAGCGCCUCCUGCUGGAGAAUCACCCGCAGGUCCACAGACACAUUGAGAGUCUCAUGAAAAGCUACGGUUUCCCAAUCGAAGGAGACGAGAACUUGGUCCUGAAAAUCAAAGACCAGGUUCAGAAGCUAUGCUCAAAGCGCAUCAUCACAGGGAAGGUGCUGCUGCUGGAGGAACUGCAUGACUCACAGCAGCAACAGAAGCGUUUCCUAGGCCACAGUGCCCAGCCCGACUCCCCACCCCAAUCCAUGACUCAGCUGCUGCAGGCUCGCUGCAGGGAGCUGAACCACACCUCCUCUGCGGCCACCAUCUCCAGGGCCACAGAUAACAAUGCUGGGAUUCAGCCACCAUGCAUGAACCAAGAGCUGUCAGUGGAAGAUCCUCAGCCCACCCCAGUGACAUGAUAUUGGAGAAGUCACAUGACAGCGGAGAGGCUCCCACAUGUAUU